AUGGAUCCCUGGGGCUGUGAAACAAUAAGUACAACAGUUGCGUCAUCUUUCGAAGAUAACUUUAAACCAGAAAAAACAUUCGAUAAGUUAGAAGACUCGGAGGAAUAUCUCGCUGUGUUGGAGCGGAAACUGCAGGCGUUGAGAAAAAAGAACAAAGUGGUGGAAAAUCUCGCCGCGUAUCGAGCUGACUGCAUCGAGCGUUUGAUGCGUGAGGGCUGUGACCUGGAGCCGGUGGUUGGAGACACAGAGUCUGAGAAACUUCUGGAGGACUAA